AUUUGUGCGCGGUAAACUGUGCAUUGGGCAUUAUUAAAAUUUUAAACGAUCUUUUAUGAUAUUCGAUAGUAAAAUUUCAGUUUAUUUUAUACUAAUCAGUGCCGACGUGUAUUACUUAUAAAAUCUAAUACUGUGUAUUAAAUUCAUAGUUCAUCGGUUGACCGGUGGUGAUUUUGUUUUAAAAAAAACAAUUUUUGUCGCAAAUUUUUCGUGUACCCACAUCAUGUCUCGAGUAAAGUUGAAUUUAAUCGCUGCUGCGUGCGAAAACAUGGGUAUUGGUGUUAACGGUGCUUUGCCAUGGCGGUUGAAGAAAGAGAUGGCAUACUUCACAACAAUGACAACUAAGGUCAAGGAUCCUAGCAAGGUGAACGCUGUGAUCAUGGGACGACGGACCUGGGACUGUAUACCAGACAAGUACAGACCCCUGUCGGACCGAGUCAACAUUGUGUUGACACAUAAUGUUGAUGCAGUUAAGGAGAAGGUGCCAGAAGGAGUGGUGGUGGUAUCGGGAUUGGACGAGGCUGUGCAGUAUAUCGAGGGUCGAGAGGAUAUCGAGUCGACCUGGGUCAUUGGAGGAUCUUCCAUCUACCAGGCUGCCAUGACACAUCCGAACUGCGGCAAGAUUUACCUGACGGAGAUACAGAAAUCCUUCGACUGCGACACAUUCUUUCCAAACAUCGACAAACAACAGUUCCAUUUAGUGAACGAGAAUGAAAUCCCCGAGGAAAGGCAGUCUGAAGGUGAAAUAAGCUACUUUUUCCGAGUUUAUAAGCGAUUGUAAGUAGUUUUAUAAUUUAAUACACAACUACACCUAUCUACAUCACACUACAUUCGCUGCAAGAAGUUCGACGGUAUACCGAUAGAUGGCGCUGAACAAGUCUACGUUGUACGUUGCUACACUACACUUCAUCUUCAAGAAAUUCGGCGAUAUGUCAAUAGAUGGCGUUGUUCAACA